AUGUGGAGACUCUUCUUCGCGACAACAGCCGCCGUCGGCGCGACCGGAGUGGGCGCGUCCGAGGGCUCGGGCAGGAUCCUCACCUGCCACGCCGACGCCAGCCCCUUCGACAGCGGGCUCGGCAUCGACAACACCACCACAGCAGAUGCCGAUCAACAGUCCAACGGGAUCACCAGUGCAGUACCAGCCACCCGGACGAUGCCAGUGCUGCGGAGCUGUGGGACGGACUCGGAGGGGAUGCAGCUGCAACGGGCCACCGCUGCAACCACCGCCACCGCCUCCGACACCACCGAGCUCAACAGUUCGAUCGAGGUGCUCAUGCUGCAAGGCGACGGAGACCGUGAAGAAGCGGGGCCGCUGAAGUCCCUGAAUGACUCGGAUCUCACCACGUUCUACCAGGCGCAGACCAAGGUGAUGGACCAGAUCUACUUCGAGAUCGGCGAGGACACCGUCACCCUGACCAAGACCAAGCGCGCGGACCUCAUGGAGGUGCGCUGCCCGAGCGAGUCGUCGCUCGGCAAGGCGGUGGAGGCGCAGCACGGCAGGGUGAUACGGUGUGGGCUCUUCAACGGCUAUGACAUGGGCACGGCCACAGGAGUCCGCAGGGCCAUGCAUCUUCUUCGCCUGGCACGACCUCGACGGUUGGUGUUGAGCCCACCGUGCACCGCAGACUGUCCCAUCCAGAACCUGAACCAGAAGACGGAGAAUCAGAGGAAGCAGCUCUCGAACAAGAUCCGACAGGCGCGCAGGAUCCAGCGGGGGUGUCUGGCUUUGUACGAGGAGGCGAAGAAGAUAGUCGAUUGCCACAUCGAGCUAGAGCAGCCCUGGAACAGCCGCAGCUGGUCGAAGUCACCCUCCAUCAAGAAGAUGCGGUCAGAGAUGUACGAGACGAUCAUUCAUGGGUGUGCCUACGGACUUCGUGACGAGAGGUCUGGACUCCUGGUGAAGAAGGGGUGGCGAGUGUGCUCUACUGACCCCGACUUUGGAGCAAAGGUGGGCCGGCUCUGCGGCAACCGACCGGGACGCGGAGACAACCAUCUACAUCGUGUCAUCGAGGACGGACCUCUGGUGGCUCAGACAGCCUUCUAUCCUCCUGCCAUGCGCCGAGCCUGGGCCAAACACAUCCUCAAGAAGAACGUGACCACCCAGUACGGCAAGGAGGUCUACGCGGGCCUGGAGCAGAUUCCAGAGGAGGACGACGUCGAGAUGUCGGGCGAAUUAGAGGAGCUGAACACGGAGGAGGACAUCGAGAUGGAGACCGCCGAGGCGUCCCUCAAAGGCUUGGGCGUCAAAACGGAGCUGUCGAAGAAAGAGAUCUCAGAGAUCGAACAGAGACUCGCGCGACUUCAUCGCAAUCUGGGGCACCCCAGCAACAAGACACUCUACAAGAUUCUCAAGACCUCUGGAGCAGCGGUCCCUGCACUCCGACUGGCACUUCAAUUUCAAUGCCAUGGCUGCCAUAUCGGGAAGCUCCCCAAAGCUGUACGAGUGGCUUCAGGCGUGGAGAUUCCGAGCGUGCUGGAAGUCCUCGCCACGGACGGACUGGAGUGGCUCUCACCUCAGCAACCCCCCCACAUCAUGACCCUGAACCUCGACGAGGGGUCCGGCCUCACCAGCGUCACCUACCACGGGCAGAAGGGUGAGCGCAGCGGCAACCGAUCAGCCAUCGAGGUGGAACGUCGCAUGCAGCUCUUCAAGCGCCUCAUGACGAAGAUGGCCACCCACGACCCCGAUUGCAGCACGCAGGAGCUGGUCACCUGGGCCGUGAGUGCGAUCAACUCCAUGGACAAGGUGGGGAAUCACUCCCCGUUCGAGCACGUGCUGGGCGUAACAGGGAUGGCACCCACGAACAACCCCUUCGCCAUCAUCGACGGGGACACCGGCGAGACACAGGAGCAGAGGCGACUUCUGGCCCGCCAGAGCUACCUCGAGUGCGAGUACGCAGAACGGCGACGCCAUGCAGAGCAGGCCAGGAACCGCAUCUACCAGACCUGGGAGGCCGGCGACCUCGUGCACUUCUGGCGCGACGGCAAGGGACGGGAGAACCGACCUGGCAAGAAAGGAGGUUGGUACGGACCUGCACGAGUACUUGUCCAAGAAAAACGUCAUAUCGACGGCCGCACUCGGGCGACCUCGGUCGUCUGGAUCGCCCACGGGAACACGUUGAUCAGGUGCGCACCCGAGCAUCUACGACCAGCCUCCGAAGCCGAGAAGAUGCUGACCGAACUCAAGAAGCAGGCCUCCCUCGGGAAGACCAUGACAGAGAUCCUGGAGACCGCCAAGGCUGGGACGUUCGAGGACCUGGUGGAGCAGCGCCGCCCGGACCUCACAGCGUACGAGCCCCCGAGGACAACCGAGGCGUUCCAACCAGGUCCAUGGCUCAACCUGAAGCUGAACCAGGCGAACCCUCCGAAGACGCACCGGACCUGGAGAUGGUACCACCCGCAGGAGCAGAGAUACCUCAACCGCCUCCGCCAUUGA